AUGAAAACUGAAGCGAAUAAGCUUAAUUACAUUAAAGUGAAUCAGCCCCAAUUAAGAGCUGAACUUUAUUCAGGGCUAAUGGAUCAUCUUCAUAAUAGAGCAGAAAAUGAAGGAAUUACAGCUGGUAUACCUGUAAUAUUACCAUCCUCAUUUAUGGGCAGUCCAAGAAAUAUGCAAGAAAGAUACCAAGAUGCUAUGUCUUUGGUUAGAAAGUUUGGUAAACCAGAUAUUUUUCUAACAAUGACAUGCAAUCCUCAAUGCCCUGAAAUUAAGGAGAACCUUGAUGGAUGCCAAGUAGAGUAUCGACCUGAUUUAGUCGCUAAAACAUUCAGCUUGGACGUCAAAGAGGUUAUGAGGGAGCUGAUCCAAAAUAGAAUUUUUGGAAAUAUCAUAGCCUAUGCAGGCGUGAUUGAGUUCCAAAACAGAGGACUUCCACAUAUGCAUUUACUUGCAAUGUUGAGUGAGGAAGAGAAGCCUCGACUUCAAGGAUUAAUUGACAUGAUGGUAUGGGCUGAAAUGCCUGACGAAGAAAGAUAUCCAGAACUUAAUGCAAAAGUUCUGAGGCACAUGAUUCAUGGACCCUGUGGUGACCUUUCACGUAGAUAUUCUUGCACUGGGAACGAUGGAAAAUGCAUAAAAGGCUUUCCAAAAGAGUUUUGA